AUGGAGAAGAUACUGCAUAAAAAUCUGUAUGUAAAUGGAAUAAACAUGCACAUAGCAGAGAUAGGUGAAGGCCCAGCUGUCUUGUUCCUCCAUGGCUUCCCUGAACUUUGGUACUCAUGGCGCCACCAGAUGCUCUCUCUAUCUUCCAAAGGCUAUCGGACCAUCGCCCCGGACCUCCGUGGCUACGGCGACACCGACGUCCCGCCUUACGCCACCAGCUACACCGCCUUCCACAUAGUGGGGGAUCUGGUGGCCUUGCUUGACGCCCUGGGGCUGGACCAAGCGUUCCUGGUCGGUCAUGAUUGGGGCGCAGUCAUGGCCUGGUACUUCUGCUUGUUCCGGCCUGAUCGGAUUAAGGCCUUGGUUAACACAAGCGUUGUGUUCCACCCUAGGAGUCCUUCUAGGAAGCCAGUACCUUCGCUGAGAGCUCGCUUUGGUGAUGAUUACUAUAUCUGCAGAUUUCAG